AUGCGUGGCAACUAUUCCUGGACAAGAGAAUUAAACUUAGUGUGUCCGCAUCUUCUAAAGCUUCCUUUUGGGGCUCGUUUUACCAAAAGGGUGAAGGAGCAGCAGCCCAAAGGCAGAGAAGUAACGCUGAAGGUCCAUGUAAGCGAUGCCAGCACACAUCAGCCAGUAACUGAAGCCUUCAUUGAGAUUUUUACCAACCAGAUCUCCAUUGCAUCUGGAACCUCAGGAGCAGAUGGCACUGCCUUCCUCAAGUUUCAGUAUAAGUUGGGCAAUCAGCUGAUAGUGACUGCUAGUAAACAUGCCUAUGUGCCAAAUUCUGCACCAUGGAAACCUGUAAGAUUGCCUGUGUUCUCUUCACUGAGUCUCGGCCUUCUUCCUGAACGCUCAGCUACUCUAAUGGUCUAUGAUGAUGUAGUCCAAAUAGUCUCAGGAUUUCAAGGUGCACGGACUCAGCCACAAGUUCACUUUCAGAGACGAUCUGUGAAAUUACCAGAGAACACUAGCUACAGCGAUUUGACAGCAUAUCUGACUGCAGCCAGUUCACCCUGGGAAGUGGACAGCUUUCCUUAUUUGCAGGGAUUAGAUGGAAAUGGAACAGGAAACAGCACUAGGUAUGACCUCACCCCCGUCACGGCAGUCAGCGUUCAUCUCCUCAACAGCGAUGGGACUCCAAUCCCCGUGAAUGGCCCCAUCUAUGUAACAGUGCCUCUGCCAGCAAACAGCAACUUGAAGCACAAUGCACACGUUCCAGCAUGGAGGUUUGACCAAAAAUUUGGGACAUGGCUGAAGAGUAGCUUGGGCCUCGUACAACAAGAAGGAAAUCAGUUGACUUGGACUUACAUUGCACCUCAGCUGGGCUACUGGGUUGCAGCUAUGUCACCUACUAUCCCAGGUCCCGUUGUAACACACGACAUUACCAGCUAUCACACAAUGUUUCUUUUGGCAAUUUUAGGAGGGAUGGCUCUCAUACUUCUAGUCUUGCUGUGUCUGCUUUUGUAUUAUUGCAGAAGAAAAUGUUUAAGACCACGUCAGCAUCACAAGAAACUGCAACUUUCCACAGCACUGGACACUUCUAAGAAGGAUCAAGCAACCUCUAUGUCCCAUAUAAAUUUAAUAUUUUCACGUCGCGAGUCAGAAUUUCCUGGCGGGCUGUCUGUUGCUAGCAAUGGACACACUGAAAACUCAGGUGCAAAGGAAUUAAUCAGUGCCGUCCACAUGGAGAUGGUAUCGCCUAGUGGAGAAGCAGAUAUGCAUACACCUAUGCUCAAACACUCAUUCAGUACUUCCCAGGAGUUCAGCUCCCGAGAAGAGCUGCUGUCUGACAAGGAGAAAGACAAGAGCAGAAUUUCCUUAGAUGACCUGACUCCCAGCGGGUCUCUAAGAAAAGACUACCACAAAUCAGCAGAUAGUUUUCCUUUAAAGCCAAGAAAAUCUACAGAAGUGGCUGAAGGCUAUGAGUCCCCUAUCAAAGAUGAGUAUAGGAGAAGUUACAAUGCUAUGCUGUCUCAGCCUUUAUUUGAAAAGCAAGAGAGAGAAAUUCAAGUAUCUAUGAACCAUAUUGCUACUGGAAGUAAAUACAAUAUUCAGGAACAAAUAUACCCCACACCUUCAGCCCCUGAAAAAGAGCUGCUGGACUGCAGACCUACUGAUUGUAUGAUGUCUCGUUCAGUUGAUCACCUUGAAAGACCUACAUCUUUCCCUCGACCAGGUCAGUUAAUCUGCUGCAAUUCUGUUGACCAAGUCAAUGACAGUGUUUACAGAAAAGUUUUGCCUGCGUUGGUCAUUCCAGGCCAUUACAUGAAAUUGCCAGGAGAACACCCUUUUGUUAGCCAGCCACUGGUUGUCCCAGCUGACCAGCAGAUUGAUAUAGAAAGACUUCAGGCUGAGCUUCCUAACCCUCACGCACGGCUUUUUCCACACCCCCCCCAGCAGCUGCAACCCCAACAGUUAGCAUCCCAGGCAAUAUCUCAGCAACAUUUGCAAGACGCAGGUGCAGCCGAAUGGAGUCAACAAAAUGCUUCCAUGUCUGAAUCCAUUUCCAUUCCUGCCUCACUUAAUGAUGCAUCCCUGGCUCAAAUGAAUAGCGAAGUGCAGCUUCUUACGGAAAAGGCUUUGAUGGAAUUAGGAGGCGGAAAGCCAUUGCCUCAUCCUCGAGCAUGGUUUGUUUCUCUAGAUGGACGUUCAAAUGCUCACGUUAGACAUUCAUACAUCGAUCUCCAAAGAGCUGGUAGGAAUGGGAGUAACGAUGCCAGUUUGGACUCCGGUGUUGACAUGAAUGAACCAAAAUCUGCCCGAAAGGGAAGAGGAGAUCAUCUGUCUGCGCCUCAGAGUCACCCACCAGUGCAAGAGCACCAGCAGAGAGAGCGGAAGGUUUCAGAUAGCACAGCUUACACACAACUUGUGUACUUGGAUGAUAUGGACCAAAGUGGCAGCGAGUGUGGAACAGCAGUUUGUAGCCCUGAGGACAAUGCUCUACGAUGCCUACUAGAAGGCACGAGUAAGAGAAGUGGCGUGCAGCUGCCCAGCCUGCAGGAGGAGACAAGAACUGUGGAUACCAAACCAGAGCCAUUAACUAGUCCUGAACACAGACCAUCAGUUCAAGAUGAUGAGGAGGAUGAGGAGGAUGAGGAAGAUGACCAAGGUGAAGAUAAGAAGAGCCCUUGGCAGAAACGAGAGGAAAGACCACUAAUGACUUUCAAUCUAAAGUGA